CUAGCCUGUAUAUAUAUAUCUUGCCGGACGAAACCUUGGUCUAAAAGGUCUCAACUAUGGGUUUGUUUUCGAGUUUUGCAGUUAUCCUGAUUGUGAAUCUCACGAUAUGCCAUGGAUGGUUACUCGGCUCAAAAUCUCAUCCAUGGGAUGGAUUGAAAGUGACCUGGGGUAUUAACCCAUUUAGCAGUUCUAGUUUUGUCAACAUGCCGAGAACGGAGUCCGAGGCGAAAAGCAGCGGGUUUACGAUGAUAUCAGCAUGUGGUCAUGCCAACUUUCUUGGUAAAAGAUAUAUGAAGAACAACGACCCUGCUGUCAUCCUUAUCUACGACGUCAAUGGUUAUAUUGCCGGAAUUCAGGCCGGGUUACCAACCACACUGAGUAAUGGAUACCCUCCUGCAAAUCUAAAAAACCAACCAUUGGUCCAAGACGGCGACAAGUUCUACAUGACAGCAUAUUUUGUUUCUCCAGCUUCUAUUUGCACUCAUGGGCGAACGGCUGGCCAGUUCAGCAGCCAGGGUACUGGGACAGACCUGUAUAUUCAAAACAGCACUGAUCCAAUGGCCUCCAUCAGAAUUCCCCACCAAGAGUCAGCCAUUGGUUCAACAGCAUGGGUCAAAGGUCACUGUUUCCCUGCAAUGGGCGUCCACUAUUGGUAUGCCGCUACCCGGGACAUGUCAUGUGACAACUUUUUCCCAGUGUUCCUCCUAUACAAUGGAGGUGUAUUGAACGCAUUUGGAUGGGCGUUUCAAGCAGACCUCUCCUCAUCCCGAUUUGAACAUCCUACCACUUCCUCCUUUGCUGCCUUCAUGAAUCCUGUUCCACAGUGUUUAUAUAACGCCGGAAAACUCUCUACUUUGCACAUUUAUUUAAAUGGAAAUCCACAAACUGACUUGAUUUGUAACUAGGUUUUUUUCUUAUUUUCUCUGUGGCUAUGUAGAUGUUUUAUCUGAGAAAUAUGAUUUAAUUUCAAUAAAAUUACAAAGUUUUAA